UGAUUCGUGUGUUCUCUUAGAGGCGGUUUGUUUGGAGCUUCUCGACUCGACUGGAUGGUCACACAAUCAGGACAACGAAGCCACUAGUCGUUCAGCAUAUCGUAAGAUCUGUCUUCCAGUGCAACUCCCUAAUUACCACCGUCACGGGAAAAUGGAGGACUCUACUAGACGCGUAUUACAGCGACUCAUAACCAAGAUACCGUCUCAGAUGCUAGAAACGACGCUGGAGAAGUGGGGCCGUUUGACCGAGGCGCAGCUGCAGUCUUUGGAUUUUACACAGUCAAAAUGGGCGUUAACACAAAAACUGCUAGCCAUUUGCGAGGAGGAAGAAAUGGAGAUUAAGCACAUCACAGAACUCGAAAUGAUACAUGUCAUGGACAAUCCAAACAUGGGGAUGUGGAACGCUUACCAGCUUCUGGACCCUGAAGACGAGGCUCACUCUGUGGGGCUGUUGCAGUUCAACCAACAAUUUAAAUUUCACAUCCGCCAGCUCAGAAAUAACGUGUCGGUCAAAAUAAAGAAGCACACGGACGAAGCUGUAUGGAUGCAAAUCGCAUGGGGAGACAUCUUGUCUCAGCCCAACCACCUCAAACCAACAUAUGUUGUUCACUAUCUCCAGAGUCCUUAUGUCUUUGUGACAAGUCUGACGUCUAAGCUAAAACCACUGUUCUCCCAGGCUUUUCUUCUGUCCACCAAAUAUCAAGCUAUCAAGGAUGCUAACCUCAAGGGAAGAAAUCUCACUGCCAUCAAAGACUUGCUGAUGAGGCAGUAUCAACAAAUGUUUCCCACCGAUUAUCCCAGCCUUCUUACAGAAAAGAAGGAUCAAACUGUCUCAAACUUGGACAUAGAAAAAGAACAAGCCAAGGCUGCGGCAAAGAGACAUCAGCUGGCAUGUGAGGCCUUUGGUAAUGGGAUGUUACCUCAACUACAGUCUGCAGUUUAUAAGCUGGAAACAAGAUUCAAAGACCACACCAAUAAGAUCAUGACUGAGCGAGAAGAGCCAUUCAGAUGUGUUGUUAAAUUUGCAAGCACCAACCUCUUGGAGUCACUCAGACACUGCGCAUCCUCAGGAAUUGCUGCCACUCCAGUCACACCACUGCUCUCAUCUGUUCCGUUAAAAGGAAGGAAUUAUUUUGUCAUCACAGACAAUGGCCCCGGUCCUUCCUCACAAAUGCCCCAGUCACAGAGCUAGUGGCAGACCCUGGACUUAAAGGAUUUACAGUGUGGCCUGAUCUUCAACUCUUAGUGCAUCUAUAGUUUGCUUUUAUGAUUGAGAUUCUUGUUCAUACAUCUGCAAUUCAGAAUCCAUCAUUUUAUUUUAUGCGUAGGCCUCCAGUAUGUAAGCAGUUGUUAACUAGUAUUGUCACUUUAUUAUCAUUAACUGUUUUGUCAAAUUGAAUAUAAAAGCAAGAUAUUAAUUCUAA